ACAUGUUUUAUUCCUUUUGAGACUACCCAAUCUGCCUAUAAAUUGCAUGAACAGCCUCUCACUGCUACAAACUUAAACUAGUGGUUUAUCAUUGUUACAUCUUAUUUAAACAUGAGUUACACAAAUGCUUCCAUCGGUUCCGGCAGUAGAACCGCGAGGAGGGUGGAGUUUGGUAGGACUUAUGUAGUGAGGCCGAAAGGGAGACACCUCGCAACGGUUGUUUGGUUGCAUGGUCUUGGCGAUAAUGGCUCCAGCUGGUCUCAACUCUUGGACAACCUUCCUCUCCCGAACAUUAAAUGGAUAUGCCCGACUGCUCCUACUCGCCCAGUGACUGUGCUUGGCGGAUUUCCUUGCACCGCGUGGUUUGAUGAAGGAGAGCUCUCAGAAGAUGGUCCAAAUGAUGUUGAAGGUUUAGACGCUUCGGCUUCACACAUAGCAAACUUGUUAUCUACAGAGCCCGGUGAUGUUAAAUUUGGUAUUGGGGGAUUCAGUAUGGGUGCUGCAUGUGCCCUUUAUUCUGCAACUUGUUUCACUCAAGGAAGAUAUGGAAAUGGCACCUUGUACCCUGUUAACUUAAAGGCUAUUGUUGGAUUGAGUGGCUGGCUUCCUGCUGGAUUGAGUUUGGUAAACAUGAUGGAAGGAUCACAUGAUGCUAUUGGACGUGCUGCCUCAUUACCUAUUUUGAUGUGUCAUGGACUCGGCGAUGAAGUUGUUCCAUAUAAAUUUGGAGAGAGAUCCGCUCAGAUCUUGAGCUCAGUUGGAUUCACAUACGUUAUGUUCAAAACAUACGAAGGGCUUGGGCAUUUUACGGUCCCCAAAGAAAUGGAAGAGGUCUGUCUAUGGCUAAAUGCAAGGCUUGGAGCUUAAACAAUUGCAAGAUCAACACACUCUUGCAAUUUGUAGUACCUACACAUUUUGAGUUGGGAAAUUUAGUAGUGUUUGAUUGAGGGUAUGUAUAAUAUUAUUGCAUUUGAAUUCUUGGUUUAAAAUAAAUGAUUUUCGGAGAAUUUGUUCUUA